AUAAUAUAUAAACACACUGAAGUGACACUAGAUGCAGAAGAGUUUUGUGGGUUUGUACUGAAGGUUUAAUGUACACAGGUUGUUUUAGGACUUGAUACCGUGACUAUUUCCUGUAAGUGAACUCUGUGCUGAUACAGGGUUUGAUUUAACACACCGAUGUUGGAGUGAAGUAAACGUGUGUCCUGCUGUAAUCUGGAGAAGGAGACAUGACCUCCAACAUGAGUGUGUCUGGAAAACAGGACUUAAAGAAAGACGAGAGAAUGAUGGAGAGAAAGAGAUCAGACUCACCAGAACCCAGCUGUGUGUCCAUGAAGAGUGACCAGUCAAUGGAUCCUCCAAUUAAGUUCAGAGACAGAGACAGUUCUACUGAUGUGAGAAUGAUGGAGGGAAAGAGAUCAGACUCACCAGAACCCAGCUGUGUGUCCAUGAAGAGUGACGCGUCAAUGGAUCCUCCAAAUAUCUUCAGAGACAGAGACAGUUCUACUGAUGUGAGACCACAAAAGAAGAAAUCAAACAGCAGCAGAAAUCAGUUGGAGUCCAUAUUCAAGGAGCUGGAACACAAAGUCAUCACUCUGAUAAAGAAUGAGCUGAAGAGGUUUAGGAAGCUCCUGAGUCCAGAUUACCCAGCAUGCACUGAGAGGGAGAUGGAGGAUGAGGAGGAUCUGCACAGUGUCAGAGAGGGAGCGCUGAAGAUCACACUGCACGUCCUGAAGAACAUGAACCACACAGAUCUCGCUAAUACACUGCACACCAAGUCUGUGGCCUCUGUGUAUCACUCAAAGUUGAAAUCCAACCUGAGAAAGAAGUGUAAAAGAAUUAAUGAAGGAAUCUCACAGCAUGGAAGCUCAGCACUUCUGAAUGAGAUCUACACAGAGCUCUACAUCACAGAGGGUUGGAGUGGAGACGUCAAUAAUGAACAUGAGGUGAGACAGAUCGAGACAGCGUCCAGGAGACCAGCAACACAGGAGACACCCAUCAAAUGUAAUGACCUCUUUAAAGACAAGUCCAUCAGAACUGUGCUGACUAAAGGAGUUGCUGGAAUUGGAAAAACAGUCUCUGUGCAGAAGUUCAUUCUGGACUGGGCUGAAGGAAAAGCAAAUCAGGAUGUCUUCUUCAUGUUUCCACUUCCCUUUAGAGAGCUGAAUUUGAUGAAGCAGCAAAAUCUCACUCUGAUGAAUCUUCUUCAUCACUUUUUCCCAGAAAUGAGAAAACUACAAUUAAUAGACUGUGACUCCUACAAAGUGGUGUUGAUCUUUGAUGGUCUGGAUGAGUGUCGACUUCCUCUAAAUUUCCAGAACAAUGAGAGAUUGUGUGAUGUGACAGAGUCAGCCUCAGUGGAUGUGCUGCUGACAAACCUCAUCAAGGGGAAUCUGCUUCCCUCUGCUCUCCUCUGGAUAACCUCUCGACCAGGAGCAGCCAAUCAGAUCCCUCCUGAGUGUGUAGACCAGGUAACAGAGGUACGAGGCUUCAGUGAUCCUCAGAAAGAGGAGUACUUCAGGAAGAAGAUCAGUGCUCAGAGCCUGGCCAAUAAAAUCAUCACACACAUGAAGUCUUCAAGAAGCCUCUACAUCAUGUGCCACAUCCCAGUCUUCUGCUGGAUUUCAGCCACUGUUCUAGAGAGAAUGUUGGGUGAAGCAGAGAGUGGAGAGAUCCCCAAGACUCUGACUGAAAUGUUCACACACUUCCUGAUCUUUCAGAUCAAACACAAGGACCAAAAGUACCAUCAGAAAUGUGAUCCAGAUCCUCAGCAGAUCCGAGAGAGUAUCCUGGCACUGGGAAAAUUGGCUUUCCAACAGCUGGAGAAAGGAAACCUGAUCUUCUAUGAGGAAGACCUGAGAGAGUGUGGCAUUGAUGUCAGAGAAGUGUCCGUGUACUCAGGAGUGUGUACCCAAAUCUUCAGAGAGGAGUUUGGGCUUCACCUGGGGAAGGUGUUCAGCUUUGUACAUCUGAGUGUUCAGGAGUUUCUGGCUGCUUUAUACGCAUUUCUGUCCUUCAUCAGCAGAAAUGUAACAAAACAACAAACCACUGAUCUGUCUGAUCUUUUCAGAAAGUCGAACAUGUCUGAUUUCCUCAGGAGUGCAGUGGACAAGGCCUUACAGAGUGAGAAUGGACACCUGGACCUGUUCCUCCGCUUCCUUCUGGGUGUCUCACUGGAGUCCAAUCAGACUCUCUUACGAGGCUUAAUGCCACAGACAGGAAGCAGCUCUCACCGCAAACAGGAAACAGUCGAGUACAUCAAGGAGAAGAUCAGGUGGAAUCCAUCUCCAGAGAAAUCCAUCAAUCUGUUCCACUGUCUGAAUGAACUGAAUGAUCAUUCUCUAGUGCAGGAAGUACAAACUUACCUGAACAGAGGAGGUUACAAUCGUCUCAGUGGAAUCAGUCUCUCUCCUGCUCAGUGGUCAGCUCUGGUGUUUGUGUUACUGAACUCAGAACAGGAGCUGGAUGAGUUUAAUUUGAGUAAAUAUUACCCAUCAGAGGAAUGUCUUCUGAGGCUGCUGCCAGUGGUCAAAGCCUCCAGAAAAGCAGACCUGUGGGAGUGUAAUCUGACAGAGGAAAGCUGUAGAGUUCUGUCCUCAGUUCUCAGCUCAAACUCCUCCAGUCUGAGAGAACUGAACCUGAGUGUCAAUAACCUGCAGGAUUCAGGAGUGAAGCUGCUCUCUGCUGGACUGGAGAAUCCACACUGUACACUGGAGAUACUGAGGUCAAAUUUAGAGAUAUUAUUGAUGUGAGGAACAAAGCUGAGAUCAGAGUCGACUGUUACACCCAGAUUUCUAACCUGUAACCAGCUCAUUUUUCAGUAAGUAUUCUCUUUUCUGUUUAUCUCCUACAAUUAAUAUCUCCAUUUUAUCCUGGUUUAACUGCAGAACGUUCUGUAGCACGCAGUCAGAUAUUUAAUUCAAGCAUGUAAUCAAUUUGUUAAUUGGCUCUUGAUUACUCAGUGACACUGAUAUAUAAAGUUGUGUGUCAUCAGCGUAACUAUGAAAACUGAUUUCAUGUUUUUGAAUGAGUCUACCAAGAGGUAACAUGUAGAGGGAGAAAAGCAAGUGUACUAAAAUAGAUCCUUAUGGAACUCCAAAUGAAAUAUCAUAUUGUCUUGAUGAGUGACUUCCCAAAUUAUCAUAAGACUGUCUACCACACAAAUAUGAUCUGAUCUAGCUUAGUACUGCUCCUGAGAGACCUACCCAAUGUUCAAGUCUGUGUAGAAGAAUAUCAUGGUCUGCAGCUUUCAAUACUGUACUUAGGUCAAGAAGAACAAGAAUGGAAAUGUGAUCAGAUCAUUUAAAACCACAGCCACAGAUCAUCUAAAACCCUGACCAAAUGCGUGCACACCACAGCUCACUUGUAAGAAAGUGGUUUAAUAUGAAAGGUAAGAAAGAGAUCUACACGGUACCCAGGUGAUCAUGGACACCGAGCAUCACACAGAGAAACUGCUGUGUUUAUAGUUUAAAGUGUCUCAGUGACUGUUGGUCAGAAAUUUCUCAAAUUAAUGCACUCUUCAGCCUCUUACGCUACACUCAGUCACUUCUUUCUGUUUGAAACGUGACAAUAACAAGAAAUCCAAGCACUGAUAAACUUGGACAUGCACAGGAAUGGCACAAGGUUGUUGUGUUGGUUAAAUUAGUGCUCUAAAGUGUUGAACAGCAUUUAAAGAAGAUGCCGUGACAAACAGAAGUGAUUUAUAAACCAGCGUUCAUCCUCCAGAAAAUUCUUACUGGUCUCUAAAUAUCUAAAUAUCUCUAACAGUGUGCUCUAAAUCUUCUGUCAGCUGAGGCGUUUGCAACGUGUCAGCUUACUGCUAUACACAGACAGACCAGCCCAUACUCCUUUUAUACAGAUGCAUUUCUUCUGUCUUAAUGAUCGAAUGAUUCGUCUUAUUUGUGUUAAUUUAGGAAUUUGUGUUAAUUUAGGAAUUUGUGUUGGCUUGCUAUUUAAAUUAUUUGUUUCCUAUUUGACAUUUCUUUAAUUAAUGCCAUUAAUAUGAAACGGAGUUUCACAAAAGUUUCAUUAAAUUGGUGUGUAAUUGAAUUAAAUAGCGUAAUCUGUUUAUAAAAUCACAGUAACAUACUGACAAUUGCAUGAUUUGAAGCUGAUCAUUCAAGCUUCACUGUAUUUAGUUUUAUUUUAUCUGUAAGUUGACACAAACUCAGGAGCUCUUGUCCCCAGUGAGACCCCUAGCACACAGGAACAGGAGUCCAGUGUUGCUAUUCCCCAAGCUCCAGCUCAGUCCAGAGCUCCUCCAUAAGUGCCUGAUGAAUGUGAAAGUAGAGGACAGUGAGGUGUUGGUGGAGAAGCUCUGGGUUGAGGGUCAGAAUAAAGACCAGAUAAAACAGCUCUGCACAUAGAUAAAGAGCUAGCUCUUGUGCUGAGUGGCCAAGCCCAUUUAACUCUGAUCCAACACCUCCUCAACCUUUUCUCUCAACAUCUUGUAGAUGUUCCACAACAUUACAUUUUUAAUUUACACAUUAAACAUUUCCUGUGUAAAUGCUCUUACACAGGUUUUAUGAGUAAAUUCAUUCAUAUCCAGUGUGAUAAAUGAGACCCAGUGUUUUAUAGGAGUCUUCUUCUUUUGGCUUUUCCCUUCAGGGGUCUCCACAGCGAAUCAUCACUCUCCACCUAUCCUUAUCUUCUGCAUCCUCAACACUUGCACCCACUAGCUUCAUAUCCUCAUUUAUUACCUCCAUAUACCUCCUCUUUGGCCUUCCUCUUUGCCUCCUGCCUGACAGCUCCAUGUCCAACAUUCUCCUACCAAUAUACUCACUCUCCCUCCUCUGAACAUGUCCAAACCAUCUUAAUCUGGCCUCCCUAACUUUGUCCCCCAAACGUCCAACAUGAGCUGUCCCUCUGAUGUACUCGUUCCUAAUCCUGUCCAACCUUGUCACUCCCAAAGAGAACCUCAACAUCUUCAGCUCUGCUACCUCUAGCUCUGACUCCUGUCUCUUCCUCAGUGACACUGUCUCUAAACCAUACAGCAUGGCCGGUCUCACCACUGUCUUGUACACCUUCCCCUUGAUUCUCGCGGAUAGAAAAAUAUCACGCAGCACUCCCGACACCUUUCUCCACCCAUUCCAACCUGCCUGCACUCGCUUCUUUACCUCUCUCCCACACUCUCCUUUACUCUGGACUGUUGACCCCAAGUACUUAAACUCCUGUACAUUCUUCACCUCUUCACCCUGUAAUCUUACUGUUCCACUUCGCUCCGUUUCAUUCACACACAUGUACUCAGUCUUACUACGACUGACUUUCAUUCCUCUUCUCUCCAGUGCAAACCCCCACCUCUCCAGGUUUUCCUCCACCUGCUCCCUGCUCUCACUACAGAUCACAAUGUCAUCUACAAACAUCAUUGUGCAAGGAGACUCCUGUCUGACCUCCUCUGACAACUGGUCCAUCACCAUAGCAAACAGGAAGGGGCUCAGAGCCGAUCCCUGAUGCAGUCCCACCUCCACUUUGAACUCCUCUGUCUGACCUACAGCACACCUCACCACUGUCCUGCUCCUCUCAUACAUGUCCUGCACCACUCUGACAUACUUCUCUGCUACUCCUGCCUUCCUCAUACAGUACCACAGCUCUUCUCUUGGCACCCUGUCAUACGCCUUCUCCAAGUCUAAAAAACACACAGUGCAACUCCCUCUGACCAUCCCUAUACUUCUCCAUCAAAAUUCUCAGAGCAAAGAUUGCAUCUGUUGUGCUCUUUCUGGGCAUGAAGCCAUACUGCUGCUCACAAAUUUCCACUACCUUCCUUAACCUAGCUUCCACUACUCUUUCCCAUAGCUUCAUUGUAUGGCUCAUCAACUUUAUCCCCCUAUAGUUGCUGCAACUCUGCACGUCACCCUUAUUCUUAAAGAUCGGCACUAAUACACUACUUCUCCAUUCCUCAGGCAUCUUCUCACUCUCUAAAACCCUGUUAAACAAACUAGUUAAAAAUUCUACUGCUGCCUCUCCUAGACACUUCCAGACCUCCACCGGGAUGUCGUCAGGACCAACUGCCAUCCUCUUCAAAGCCUUCCUAACUUCAUCCUUUCUAAUCUUAUCUUCUUUCUGUUCCACAGAGGUCACCCCUUCUACUCUUUUUUUUCCCCUCUCAUUUUCUCUCACCCUUCCAUCUCUAUCCUUAAUAACUCUAACUUGCUGCACAUCCUUCCCAUCUCGAUCCCUCUGUCUAGCUAACCUGUAUAAGUCCUUCUGUCCUUCUCUAGUGUCUAACCUAGUGUACAACUCGUCGUAUGCCUCCUACUUGGCCUUAGACACCUCCCUCUUCACUCUGUGCUGUAGCUCCUUGUAUUCCUGUCUAUUCUCUUCAGUCCUGUCCAUGUCCCACUUCUUCUUGGCUAACGUCUUCCUCUGGAUACUAUCCUGAACUCCCUCAUUCCACCACCAGGUCUCCUUCUUUCCUCCUUCCAGCACCUGUCUUCCUGUCACCCUGAUCACCUCUGCUGUAGUUUCCCAGUCAUCUGGCAGCACUACCUGACCACCCAGAGCCUGCCUUAACUUCUGUCUAAUGUCCUCACAACAUUCCUCCUUUUUCAGCUUCCACCACUUGGUUUUCUUCUCUAUCUCUAUCUUUGACCUUUUCUUCUUACAGACCAUCAAAGUCAUCCUACACACCACCAUCCUAUGCUCUCUGGCUACACUCUCUCCCACUACCACUUUACAGUCACUAAUCUCUUUCAGAUUGCCUCUUCUACAUAGGAUGUAGUCUACCUGUGUGCUCCUACCUCCACUCUUGUAAGUCACUCUAUGCUUCUCCCUCUUCUGAAAAUAAGUGUUAACCACAGCCAUGUCCAUCCUCUUAGCAAAGUCCACUACCAUCUGUCCUUCAAGGUUCCUUUCCUUAACUCCAAACUUGCCCAUCACCUCCUCAUCACCUGUGUUCCCCUCACCAACAUGUUCAUUAAAAUCCGCUCCUAUCACCACUCUCACCUGUGGGAAUACUUUCUAUCACCUCAUCUAAUUCACUCCAGAAUCUCUCUUUCUCCUCUAACUCACAACCUACCUGUGGGGCAUAACCACUAACAACAUUCAACAUCACCCCUUCAAUCUCUAACUUCAGACUCAUCACCCUGUCUGACACACUCUUCACCUCCACAAACUCCUCCUUCAAUACCACACCUACCCCAUUUCUCUUACUAUCCACACCAUAAUAAAACAGCUUGAAUCGUGCUCCUAUACUACGAGCCUUGCUACCCUUCCACCUGGUCUCCUGUACACACAGUAUAUCCACCUUCCUUCUCGCCAUCAUAUCACCCAGCUCUCUACCUUUCCCUGUCAUAGUACCAACAUUCAGAGUUCCUAUUCUGAGUCCUACACUCUUUCCUUUCCUCUUCUCUCUGUCUAUGCACUCUCCUCCCUCCUCUACUUCUUCAACCAACAGUAGCCCAAUUUCCACGGCGCCCUGUAGGUCACCGGUGCAGAUGGCAAUCGUUGUUAACCCGGGCCUCGACUGAUCCAGUAUGGAAUUCAGAGUACUGACGAUUCGCAUGUUUUAAUUUGGCAAUGUUUUACAUCGGAUGCCCUUCCUGACGCAACCCUCUCUAUUUAUCCGGGCACAGAAGUCACUGGACUGUGACCCCCAUGGCUAGAUUCCAGUGUUUUAUAGGAUUAAAAAAAAAAUUUAAGUGUGUAUUUUUAUAAGGUGUAGAUUAGCAUUGUUUCUGAUGUUGAGCUUUGUGUGUGUGUGUGUAUUGGGGUGUUACGUGAUUUGGAUCUGUGUGUGAAAGAUUAAGGUCCAAUGAACAAUGAACUGCAACUGUUUUCCAUCACUGUGAAAAAUCAGCUUUGUGUUAAUACUGAAAUAUCUACAUCACUUCUCACAUCAGAACAAAGUACAUUUAUUUCUACAGUGUGUAGAUCAGUGUACAUUACACACACAUUUACUUUAAUAACAUGCCAGUACUAGGCGUACUUUACAGUGAGGUCAAUAAGCCAAUUUCUCUGAUGUUAUCUGUCCUCAUGGAGCUGUUACCAUUUUAUAGACCUGUUUCUAUUGUUCUGUGGGAGCAAAAAUAUUCCAGAAAAUGUUUGUAAUGGAAAGUAAAUGUGUGCACAAUGUACACUGAUCUACACACUGAACACACUGUAAUGAAGCAGUAAAGGACAGUGUGUAAAUGUGUAAAUGUUCUCCAGCAGAACUUUCCCCAGAGCUGCUGAACACACUGUAUGAAAAACUCUCUGCUAGAAAUAAAGAGACGUGUUUGUUCAGAGUGGCCUCUCUCUUAUUAUCUUGUUUCAGAAAGUUAAAUACAUCGUCUCAUAUGAGCUGAGACACAUGGAUCUGUCCAAGAGCAGUCCAAGUUUAUACACAGGCUGUUCAUUUUAUAUUUUUAUCCUGACAUUAGAACCUUGUGUUCAGGUAGAUAGUUUAUUUCCCAACUGAUGGAAACACCUCAUUUCACACUCAGAUAAAUCAAUCAGACACUUCAUCAUUUCUCUUCCAGGCUGUGUGACUGUAAUCUGACAGAGGAAAGCUGUAGAGUUCUGUCCUCAGUUCUCAGCUCAAACUCCUCCAGUCUGAGAGAACUGGACCUGAGUAACAAUAAACUGCAGGAUUCAGGAGUGAAGCUGCUCUCUGCUGGACUGGAGAAUCCACACUGUACACUGGAGAAA